AUGAAUUUUAUUAUGUGCAUUGCCCUGUGGAUGUUCCUCUCAGGAACAGUUAUGUUUUGUGACCGCCUCGGAAACGAGGCUUCCUUGUUAAUUGCCCCCAGGUCUGUGGAAGAUCGGGGGAGAUAUGGAUUUACUACAAAGACGAAGGAAAGACCUCGGAGACGUUCGGGGAAUAGGAAGACAAGAACCCAGUUGGUUGAUCUCGUAAAGAGGAUGCGGAAGUCCAACCAAGAGCAUCAACCAACGCCACGAAACCCCAGAAGACAGUCUGCUACCCUAAUGACAGAGAAACGCGAUGAACGUCGUGCUGAAAAACCAACUCUUAAAGAAAACCCACCAAAACGCGAUAAAGGGAAGUCCGCCAAACCAUCUGUUAGGCCAAAGACAUGGCGCGAGAUACUGAAAGAAAGAAACGAACUGGUCUUCGCGCUGAUGGACCAGAUGGUUGACUUGUCGUCUCACGUCUCUGAAAAUGUGUUGUUAAUGAACCACCUAGAAAAACAUAUUUAUGAACUUGAAACGGCCACCAAAGACAGGCUGGAAAAGGUGAUUAAAAAUGUGAAGAAGUGCCAUUAUUGUCAGGAGUCGCGACGAACGACGGUUAGUAAGGACGAGAAACCAAAGCCGCGUAUCGGCAAGAGGAAACUUAAAAAAUGGCUGGCGGAAAAGAAACGGUUAUUGGAUGCGUUGACAAUUCAAAUAGAAGACAUUGAUCCCGUCGAAAGAAACGUCCCCAUGAUGCUUCACUUGGAUGGUCACAUAAUAGACCUCCAGCUGGCUGGAAAAGGCGGACUGGGAGCGGUCAUCGCUGAGAUAAAGAAGUGCAAGAGGUGCAAUUCUGAGGGAAACUACAAAACGAAAAAGUUCAACAGAAAAUUGAGAAAGCUGAAAGAAAAGAGGGACGACUUGAUUUACGAACUGAUGAUCCAGGUGGAGAGGAUGGAUCCACCGAAUGUUGAUGCGAUAGAUCACCUGGAAGGUCACAUCUGGGACCUGGAAGAUGUGACAGAAGUUAACGUUAAAUCGGUGAUGCGAAAUACGAAGAAAUGCUCCUGUCAAGCUGUACUGCCAAAGAAGAAGAAGGCGUGCUACAGGAGGAAGGAUUGGAAGAACCUUUUGACAGAGAGGAAUUAUUUGAUAGAGGAAUUAUCGAGACAAUUAAAAGCCGUUGAAGGCAAUUCCGGAGACUCCUUUUUAUUCCUGACAGUACACUUGCAGAAGCACCAGUGGCUCCUCCAAAGAGCAAAGGUGGAAGACAUGGAGUUCCUGGUAGAAAAGGUACAAAAAUGCUGGUGCCAGGAAUAUGGAACUGAUGAACCAGAAAGUUUCACACAAGAAACGGAGAGCCUUAUUGAAACUUCGUCCCAUCAUGACUCCGACAUAGAGGACUCGUCCUAUCAUGAAUUUGAAGACAGACCGAACGAGUUCCAUUAUGAUUCUGGCGACAUACUAGACGAGUUCCAUUAUGAGCCUGGAGAAUCAUCCCGAGAGACUCCCGUGACUCCCAAACCACUCCUCGUAGAGCAACUUGAAAGGGUAAAGGGAGAACUAAUUGAAAAGUUGAAUAAGUGGGACGGAGCGAUAGAGACAAACACAGCAAGAGAGCAAUUAAGUAAUGAGAGACGCGCCCUUCUAGUUGAAAGAGAACACUUCAACAAGGAAAAGAAAGACCUCGAAAUUCAACGAAAGGAGUUCGAGGAGGGAAAGCAGGCCUUCGAAUUGGAUUACUUUACAAUGAGAGAAGAAAUUGAUAGAAAACGUGAGGAUCUCAUGAAGGAACAAGAGGCAUUGAGAUUGGAAUGGGAAGCCUUCCAGAUAGAGAAGGAGGCAUUCCGUUUGGAUGGACAGGCCUUCCAGAGAGAAAAGGCUGCAAUCGAAAAAGAAAGAGAAAACCUCAUACUGGAACGAGAGAAGCACGAAAAAGAUGUGCGAGAAUUCAAUUCGAGAACAGAAAAAAUCAGGAAAAAUCUGGAAGCAGCAGGUGCCAAAUUGAUAUCAGAAAAGAAACAAAUUGAUGCAGAUAGAAGUUUCCUCCUGGAGAAAGGAAAGGAGUUGCUCCAGAGGAAAAAUGAUAACAUCACCAAGAAGCAAACAAAAUUCCCUCGAGAGCCCAAAAAUCAGUGCAAAAAUGAAUGGAAAAUACGACGUGAUACUAAAGUUGGAAACCUUGAGGGAAGAUUGGUGGGAUUAGAGAGACAAUUAAACAGACUGGUAACAAAAAUUGAUCCGGAUAAAAGUUUCCUCCUGAAGGAAGAAAAGGAGCUGCUCCAGAGGAAAAGUGAUAACAUCACCAAGGAGAAAACAAAAUUCCCUCGAGAGCCCAAAAAUCAGUGCAAAAAACAAUGGAAAAACCAACAGGAUACUAAGGUUGGAAACCUUGAGGGAAGAUUGGUGGAAUUAGAGAGACUAUUAAACAGACUGGUAACAAAUUUUUAUCCGGAUAAAAGUUUCCUCCUGAAGGAAGAAAAGGAGUUGCUCCAGAGGAAAAGUGAUAACAUCACCAAGGAGAAAACAAAAUGCCCUCGAGAGGCCAAAAAUCAGUGCAUAAAAGAAUGGAAAAACCAACAGGAUACUAAGGUUGGAAACCUUGAGGGAAGAUUGGUGGAAUUAGAGAGACUAUUAAACAGACUGGUAACAAAAACUCCUGACUAA